AUGUGAUACAUCCAUUUCCUUUCAGGCAAACAACACAGUUCCGUGGCAGCACAAAAGCUUUGCUUCUAGUACAAAAAUCUCAAAAUUCAGAAAACUAUUGCUCCUCUGUGGACGUACCAUUCUGUAUUUGCUAUUUGGAUGUUAUGGAUAGGAACAGUACUUUUACUCCAAUCACAUGGCCACCAAAGUUUUGGGAGCAGAUAACAAUAGCCUUCACAGUGUCCAUGCUGAUUGGACUGGUGAUUGGAGGGAUCAUCUGGGCAUUUUUCACCUGCUUGUCCCGUCGCAGAGCUAGUGCCCACAUCUCCCAGGGGAGCCCCUCAUCCUUCAGCCGCCGGUCCAGACCUUCCUCCCAUGGCCACACUGCCGGCAGGACUGGAUUUUACCGUAACAGCAGCUGUGAACGUCGGAGCAACCUCAGCCUGGCCAGCCUUACCUUCCAGCGGCAAGCCUCCUUGGAGCAGGCCAACUCCUUCCCCAGGAAGUCAAGCUUCCGUGCAUCCACCUUCCACCCUUUUCUGCAGUGUCCUCCCCUGCCCGUGGAGACGAACAGUCAGCUGAUCACCCUCACUCCCACGAACACCACCACAACUCUUGUGGGAAGCACCACCAACAGCUUGAGUCGACCUGAAUUCCACUGGUCUAACAACAACCUCCGCAUCUGCCACUCCACGCAAACCCCACCUCCUGCCUAUGAAACCAUCAUAAAAGCUUUCCCAGAAUCCUGAGCUUCAUCCUCACUGCAAACACACAUAUGCAUCUUAGGAGGAACCUCAAUCAUCUCAACAAUUUUCUGUGCAUGAAGAAGGUCUCUGAGAAGUCUCUAUCUGCAGAUGCAGAGGGGACAUACUUUGUCAAGCGGCAUGUAGAAGUGAUUUCAUGGAGCCCAACAUCCCAACAUCUCUCUGUCUGAGAGAUCAUUUGUCUUUGCACUGCUGCCUUUUAUUUACUGCUCUGCUGUAUGCUUGCAAAUUUAUAGUGUUGUAUCUUUAAUUGCAGCCAUUGUCUCUUUAUUUUAGAGGGAAAAAUGCUGCCACAUAAAAACUAAAUAAUUUCUUGAAGAAACAGAUAAUACUAGAGAUUACUGAUAUACACAGCACAUCAAUGCAAAUGUCACUCUUCUUUUUUUUUUUUUUUUUUUUAAGAAGUCUUGAUUUCACAUGUUUUUGUUACAUUUUCGGAGAGCACCUCCUGUUACCCACCUUCUUGCUAUAACCCCAGAAGAGCUUCAGUCUGAGGAACCUUAGAUGCAGACCUCAUAGAGGAUGCAGUCCUGGCUGCUGUAGACAUCCUGUUCUGUUGAUUGCAAAGAUCUGAUCUGAAAAGACUCCAUAUUAGAGAUGCUUGUUUCAAAUUCCCUGCAGUGUGGGGAAAAAAAUUGUGAAGUAUAUAUAGCUUCAUGAACAAAAUUUUGAGCAACAUAAUAAAUGCAUGAUAACAAUUAUAAAGACUUUUCUGUCAGCAGCCAGCAGAACAGGUAGUCAUGUUUUAAUAUCCAGUGAGGCUGCAUGGGCAGAGCUCCUCAUGUUUCAUUUUUCUAGCUCUGGCUAUCCAGAUAAGCAGUAUGAAUGACAACUACUUUUUAAUUAAGUUUCCUGAUUUCCUAUGGGAUUAGUCAUUUCCUUAUUUCAAAUGUUUUUUCUCAAAUUGUACCAACGUUUAAUUCUUUCUUUUAUUCACUGAAAUCUUGUCUUUCACUAAAACAAGAUUUCAGACAUCUGUGGCUGAAUACAGGGACUGUAUAAUGAGCUGGGAUAUGAAGACAAAGAUGAAGUAUUUAGUUGAGGCUUACAUGUAUUCUUGACUUUUAUAUGUGUGUCAUGCCAAGCUAACCCCUGGCUUAGUAAAGAAUAAUUGCACUGAUAUGACAAAUGUUCAGGAUUUGGAAAUAACAGAGACAAAUGGGACCAAAGUUAAGUCUUAUUGUAUCAGUUUCCUGUUAAAUUUUUCAUGUUCAAAUUAAGGGUAAAGAAUUUCCACAAGUAGAGGAGCUGUCCACAUUCCACACUUGCAAAUAUGCCUGUUGUUUCUAAAAGGCUUGGGCAAUACCAGCCUCAGGACUCCUGAUUCUGAGGGGGCUUCUGCAGGGAGAACAAGUUCUUGUCUCUCUUCUGGGAGAGACAAAGAUUCAGCGGCUUUUGAGAAUGGGCAAAAUGCUUAACAUCUCCCAGAUUUUCCAGGCGUUUCGAGACUGGCACCAUGCUGAGGUCAACAUCCCUUGGGAAGCUCUGGCAUUGAUCUCUGACCUGCAGUAUUCCAGCCCAAUAUCCACCCAUUCACAAAUAAUGCUAAAAACAUUCAGCUUACAAUCAAUACUUACUGUAAACAACAAGUAUUCCGUAUUGUAAAGGCAAAUUAUUUUGUAUACUGUUUACUGACUGGAUUUCACUGUUUUAUUUUUAGUGUGCAGCACAUCUGGAGAGAUGUAUGCUAUUGCUAGGAGAACAACCAUUUCCAGAGUUUACAGAGCAUUUCACUGCAGACACUGUGGGUUCUAGCACACCCAGAAUUUGCUGAUAAGAUUGUAACACUGCAUUUGGCUGCUCACAGGCUACAGACUUAAAAUAGCCGUCCUCUGAAGAAAGAAAGAAAGAAUGUUAUGCUUUUUCAUUCAUUAAUUUUUUUUUCACAUUUAGAUUUUUUCUGAGUCUGGUGAAUUUCAUUGCAUGCAAAAAUAUGUCCUUCCUAUAGAAUAGGUGAUGCAGCCUAUUUUAUAGGUAUUCUGCCUACAAAAAGUAGAAUUCAAGCCUGCUCCCUUUCUUUAGUGGGUUUGAUGGACUGUGGAAGAGACAACUUACCUUACCAGCUAUGUACCCAGUUUGCACCCACCUGGCCAAAACUGCUUGUUCCUUGAGAGUGAAAUCAUUUUAGAUGAGUAAAUUUUUACUCCUGGAUUGUAAGUGCAUGCUACAGUAGAACUCUCCACAGCACAAUUAUUACACAAUUAUUACUUGUAUUACACUGUAUUUAGUAAACAUUGUAAAGAGGGAAACUUAAAUGCACUGUAUUUUUUUUUCCUCCUGAAAUCUGCACUGAAUAUUGAAACAUUUCUUAUGUGGCCUGGAUUAGGGAGACUAAAACCGCACAUGUUUGGUGCAUAGCCAAUAUGACUGUCAGAAGCCUAAACCUUGUUUUCACAUCUGAAAGAAAUGUUUUGCAAGCAUUCAGGAAGCUUCGGAAUGUGGAAUAAAGUUAGAUGCUAUAAUCUCAA